AUGGCAAACCUUGGCAGAUCAUCUCGGAACAUCGAGCGAGCGGUGGCGGUGGAUCUCGACAACAAAGCGUGGCGAUGCAAGAUCUUGCCACUGUUGUGUCGCCGGUCACCCCCAAUCGACGUGAUGAAGGAGCCUGGACCACACAACCAUACCUUCAACUGUUUCGUUGGCCCUCGUGAUGGCCCCGAGCUAAUGGGUCCCUUCCUUACUGGUGUCAUUUGUAUUCUAUAUUUCAGGAAAUUUCGGAAAGACAUGGUCAAGAUCAGGCUUCUCGUCGCUGUCCUUUUGUCAGUUGCCUCGUGGAUAUGCCAAUUGAGCACUGUGUGGCAGAUUGUCACAAAUCUUUGCCACUCGGUAUCAAUGCUCACGCAGUUCCCUCCCGAGCAGCUGGUGUGGGUCCUGAGCGUAACUACGACAAUCUUGGUCAAGAUUUUCUUCGUGUACCGUCUUUGGAAGCUCUCAGCAUCUAUGGUAUUCCCCACAUUAUGCGCGAUUAUCAGCUUGUCCAGCUACGCCACCGGCCUUGCAAUCGUCGCGGAGGUGAUCCGCAAUACAGGAUGGACUAAAUGGGUGAUCACAUAUACCUUUGUAUCUUCUGCGGUUUCGGAUGUCAUAUCAAAUGUAGCGCUAUCGGUGUACCUGAGGAAGUCUAGACGUACUACCUCUAUGAAAAGUCAUCCGCAACAAAAGUCCUUACGAGCUAAACAGUACGGCAUCCACCAUAGAAAACUUGGUUUAUUGGGCAAUCGAGACUGGAGUUAUGACUGGGUGAAUACUUUGUCAUUUAAUGACAAUGACAAGGAAGACGUUGGCUUACACAGUUACAGACUAGCCGAUAUCACAAUCAUUACUGUUUUGUUUGGCUGGGGUGCUACCUCGCAGUUCCAAAUAUUUACACAAACGCGUGCCUUGCCUCGCUCAACAGUAGGCUUUGCCUCAGAAAAAUGCAAGCGAGCGCACACGCCAUCGAGAAUCAGCCCCCGCGUCAAGUCGACGUUGAGCAGGGCGUCAUGGUCCAUAUUACACAGACCGCCGAACUGUCCGAGUCGACAGAUUCCAAAGAGGAAGAGCUGUGCCGUACCAGCAACUCUUCUCAUGGGCAUGAUUGACGGUCGCUCGAGAUCCUCGUUUCUCCCACAAGAUCUAUAAGGAGCUGCACCGGGACUACCUCCGGCUUCGCCAAUAUCUUUUCAUGUUACGUUACGACACACAUGAGCAUGUGUAACGUUGAUGUACUAUAGCUACUCUCAUCUUGUCUAUUAUUAUUGCGUACAAUACGACAUCAUGCAAUGCCC